AUGCAUACCUACGCUUUAUCUAUACCAACUAAGAAAAUGGAGCAAGUCAAUUGGCUUCCUCCAUUGAAAAACUAUAUAAGACUGAUCUAUGGUAAAGAAAACGAUUAUGAACAAGAUUUAGACGGAUUUAAUAAAUCGAGACAAGAUUUACUGGGAGUUAAUCCUUAUACUAUAGGAACUAAAUUGUACUAUAAAUAUUAUAGUCAAUUGGAAUUAUUAGAUUUAAGAAUACCUGUUAAUAGUGUAAUUGGUAAGAAACUCCAAUUUGUAUGGUAUGAUGCCUUCCACAAAACUAUUUCUCAUGAACAACAUUCAUUACCUUUUGAAAAGGCUAAUAUAUUAUUCAAUAUUGCUUCAAUCUUAAGUAAGGUCGGAGUUUAUAAAUAUGAACAAUCAAAAAGAAGUGUUGAUUCUGGUGAAGAUACCACUAAAGAAGCCAUUGAAUAUUUCCAACAAGCUGCUGGAGUAUUACAAUUUAUAAGUGAAAACUUCUUACAUGCACCUUCGGAUGAUUUGAGUCAAUCAAGUUUGAAUUUCUUGAAUAAGCUCAUGUUAGCUCAAAGUCAAGAAAUAUUUGUUUUGAAAGCAAUUAUCGGUGACUUGAAUCAAAGCAAGAAUUCAUUGAUUGCAAAACUUUGUUCAUGUACUUCUAAAUAUUAUUCGGAAUGUAACGGUAUGAUCGAUCACAAUGUUAAAGAAGGAGUUUCAACAUCUGAUUAUGAGGUUGUUGAUACUAAUGAAGAAUUUGAAGAUUUGGAAGAUAUUGUAGAUGAAGAAUCCCAAAAUCCCAAUGAUUAUAAAAUCACCAUUCAAUUAGAACCAUUUUGGAUAAGUUUAUUAACUUUCAAACAAAUUUAUUAUAAAUCUUUAGCAUAUUAUUUCCAAGGAUUGCAAUUAGAAGCUGGUAAGAAAUUUGGUGAUGCUAUUGGAUAUUUCACAAAAUCCCAACAAAUUUUGAAUGAAAUCAGUUCCGUUACUUUGAAUCAGAUUUCAAAAUCUCCAACAAAUGAAGCUUUUGAAGUGUUGGAUAACUAUAAAUUCCAUAAGGAUGCUUUAUCUAUCAAGUUGACUGAUUUAAACAAGGAUAAUGAUUUGAUUUAUCACGAUCCUAUUCCUUCUUUAGUUACAUUACCCGAGAUUAAACCUCUUGAUAGUGCUAGAAUGAUCCCAAUGAAUAAAAUUGAACUUUUCAAAGAGAUAAAUGAUCACAAUUAUGAGAAUUUCUUGAAGAAUGUGGUUCCUAUUGAUAUUCAUGAGUUAUUAAGUUAUUACUCUGAAGAGAAAUCUCAAUUUUUGAGGAAUGAACUUGAUAUGGUUGAUGUUUCUAAUGAAGAAUUAGCUUCUGUGUUGGAAUAUUUGAAAAUGCCCAAAGCUAUUGUCAAUUUAAAGGAAAUAAUCAAUGAAAAUACAGUUUCUAAAGAUUCAGAGGGUGGUAUUAGUAGUGAAAUUAUUCUGAAAGUUAAUGAAAUUGCUAGAAAUUAUUCUCAAGAUACAACCAAUAAGGAGAACAUCAUGAAUUUGAGGAAACAGAUCUACGCUACUAUCAACGAAAUUGAAUCUAAGAGUAACAACAGUAUGGGAGGCUCUCAAUAUAAAGAUGAAAUUAUCAAAUUGAAAAAAUCAUUGUAUGAUGCUACUAAUGCUGACGAGAAACUUUUGGGUUUGAUUAAUGUUGAAAAUUCCAAAUUAUAUGAUAUUUUGGGUAACGGAAGUAAUUCCAGAGAGUUUAAACAAUUAUUCGAAGUUCCUUCUUCUAAAGUCAAUUAUGACAAUGAGACUAGUUUGUUGGAUAUUAUUGACACUCCUCAAUCCAAUGGAUUAGAUUCACAAAUCAAAAAAAUUGAAGAUAUUUUGUAUGAUUUGAAUGUUAUUAAAGCUAAUAAACAAAAAUUGGUUGAUACUUUGAAGACAGAAAUUCACAAUGAUGAUAUUUCAGAUAUUCUUGUGUUGAAUAGUAAAGUCAAAACAAACAAUGAAAUUAAGAAUGUGAUAUUCCCUGAAGAAUUGAAAAAAUUCCAGCCUUACGCCAACGAAUUAGACAAUUUGAUCAACAAACAAAAAGAUUUCAUUGACAGUUUGAAAGAAAGCUGGGAUACGUUAUCAUCACAUCCUAAAGUUAAGGAUAUCCAAUCGUCUAAAACUUUCAAAGACACUCUUAUGGUUGACCAAGUUACGAGAAUUGAAAAAUUUUAUACCAAUAACUGGAAAAGAUACAGCGAAGGAUUGAAAAGAGGAGGCACUUUCUACGGUCAAUUAUUAUCAUUUGCUAAAUCUUUGAGAGAUAAAGUGAAUGCAAAUGAUGGUAUGAACGAGAGAUUUGCCAAUAUGAAUUUAAGUGCCAGUUCGACAGGACAAAAUUAUCAAGCUCCAUCACAGGGACAAAAUUAUUCACAACCCGGAUAUGCGCAACCUGGAUAUGCACAACCUGGAUAUUCACAAGGCCCAGCUACUACCGGGCCUCCCAGACCUCCACAGCCUUACCAGGCGCAAAUUUCACCCAUGAAUACCAGUUCGUUACAUCCUCAACAUACACCUCAAGCCACUCCAUAUCAAGGUUACCAACCAAAUUACCAGCCAAACCAACCACAAAACCACCUGCAAUAUCAAACACAGCCCCAGUUCUUCAAUCAGCCAAUGUUACAAAGGACUUCCACCAGUGGUUCUAGUGGAUAUGAUCGCGCAGCUCCAAGUUUACCACCAAAACAACCAAAUUAUUCCCAAACGGCCCCACAUAAUGGGGGAUAUCCUCAAUCUUCGAUACCACAAUAUCAAUCACCCCCAUCAAAUUCCCCAUAUGGUUCACAACCUCCCCAACAAUCUCAUUCUCAAUCUCAGUCGUCACAAAACAGCUUGAUUUAUGAUCAACCUUCCACUUACAAUCCUAACAUGUACAACUUUUUUUCCAAAGAAUAG